AUGAAGCUCACUGUUUUCGUGCUACUGGGUGCUUCGCUCGGGCUGGCAUUACCUGUCCAUGAGACUGUUUCUACGGUACAAACAGCCCUAGCCAAUUCACGGAAUGUCUUCCUAUCAACACAGCAGCUUGUUUUGGAUGCUUCAGACCCAGACGCCGACUCAACAGAAACAGAAACAGAACCACAAACACAAGCACCAACAAUCCAGCAAUACAUAAGUCACCGACGAGAAGAACUAGGCUUCCUCCGCUCCAACAAGAAGGAAUUUAAUCUACCAAACCUCAAACCCACUCCAUCAAACCCAGGACCCUUUUCCCAAUCUGAUUAUCACAAAAGCGCCUCUUCCUACGGCGUAUUCCUGGGCAAAUGGCUCCCUUUCGAAGAUCAAAACCACCAAUGCAAAUCCACAGAAGUACACACGGUGACCUAUCUCAAACCACUUGAUCUUCUCGAUAUCAUGGAAAAGUACGCCCCGAUCUGCCUUGCGCUGGUGAUUUUUGUCCUCGUUCCAAUCGCCUACUUUGUUCUCGAAUUGUUGGAGAUUGUGCUCAAAUACUUUGUUCGAGAACGGUUUCCACACCGCGGCCGAGAUCGCCUGCAACUGUUAGGUCCGGAGCGACAGCUUCGUACUGUUAGCAAUUGGGAGCGCGAGAAGGUGGUUCAGGGUGAGAAACGGUGGUGGCAGCCGAGGCGGUCGAGGAAUUGA